UCUGUGUCAGCUUGUUCAACAUUCUCCACUUCAUUUCUCCCUCUCUAGAAUUUGGACCAUUAUUCUCUUCUUUAUCUAGAGAGAGAAAGUAGGAGAAUUUUGAUUUAUCAUCAAUCUCACAAGAAUUUGGAUUUUAAUUUUGAACCCAUCAUAAUCCUUUUUCUUGUUUAUCCUUUGAUUCUUUUUUUUAAUUCUUAGAGUUUUUGAUUUCGGAUACUUUCAUUACUGAUUUUUUCCAUUUCAAUGUCAACACCUACUCCGGCGCCGACGUCUCCGCCGGCGACCAAUACGACAUCCCCACCGCCACCGACCCCUACUGCUCCACCCCCAUCAACUCCAGCACAACCGCCGCCGUCUACUACACCGCCGCCAACUACCACUCCGUCGCCACCUCCACCUACCGCUGCAUCGCCGCCAGCUCCUUCGCAGCCUCCGCCAACUUCUGCGCCACCUCCAGCCACCCCAUCACGGCCUCCGCCGUCUACUCCAGAGCCCGCCCCGCCCACUGCAACUCCCUCACCACCGGCUUCCACUCCUCCGCCGUCCAGACCUUCGAGUUCUCCACCUCCUCCGUCUUCUACUACCUCUCCGUCUCCACCAACUGGCCGUAGUCCGCCGCCUCCGACUUCUCAUACGCCGUCUACUCCGUCCAGAACGCCUCCUCCUCCUCCCUCAACGCCUUCCUCAUCCUCGUCUAAUAUAUCAACCGGACUUGUCGUCGGAAUAGCAAUUGGUGGAGUGGUAAUUGUUCUUCUGCUGAGUAUAUUAUGCCUUUGUUGUACAAAGAAAAGAAGAAGACGACGCGAUGAAGAGGGAUUUUAUCCACACCCUCCGCCUGACCCUAAAGUUGACCCUUAUGCUGGUCAGCAGCAAUGGCAGAACAAUGCUCCUCUACCGCCUGAUCCUUUAGUUGGGAUGGUGCCAAAGCCAUCUCCUCCACCGGUAGUUGCAUCCCGACCCCCGCAUUCACCAACUGGCAUUCGUCCUCCACUUCCACCUCCGCUCUAUAUGAGUAGCAGUGGAGGUUCGGGCUCUAUGUAUUCUGGGCCUGAAACGCCGCUCCCUCCGCCACCUCCCCCUCAUAUGGCCUAUGGUUUCUCAAAGAGUACUUUUACUUAUGAGGAAUUGGCAAUGGCCACGGACGGCUUCUCGGAUGCGAAUCUCCUUGGACAAGGUGGAUUUGGAUAUGUGCAUAGGGGAGUUCUUCCUAAUGGUAAGGAAGUUGCUGUCAAGCAGUUGAAAGCUGGGAGUGGGCAGGGCGAACGAGAAUUUCAAGCCGAAGUUGAUAUCAUCAGCCGAGUUCAUCAUAAACAUCUUGUUUCUUUGGUUGGAUAUUGCAUAACUGGGUCUCAAAGAUUGCUUGUUUAUGAGUUUGUUGCUAACAACACUUUGGAGUUCCAUUUACAUGGUAAAGGGCGGCCGACCAUGGAUUGGCAGACUAGACUUAAAAUCGCUUUAGGAUCAGCAAAAGGACUAGCUUAUAUUCACGAGGACUGUCACCCGAAAAUCAUUCAUCGUGACAUUAAAGCUGCUAACAUAUUGUUGGAUUUCAAGUUUGAAGCAAAGGUUGCUGAUUUUGGACUUGCAAAGUUUACCUCUGAUGUCAAUACCCAUGUAUCAACUCGAGUGAUGGGUACUUUUGGGUAUCUUGCUCCAGAGUAUGCCUCUAGUGGCAAACUAACUGAAAAAUCAGACGUUUUCUCCUUUGGGGUUAUGCUUUUGGAGUUGAUCACUGGUCGUCGACCAGUCGAUAUGAGUAAUACUGCUAUGGAAGAUAGCCUCGUAGACUGGGCUAGGCCGCUAAUGAACCGAGCUUUAGAAGAUGGAAACUUCGAUGUUUUGGUCGAUCCAAGGCUGCAGAACAACUACAACCACAAUGAAAUGGCUCGCAUGGUUGCCUGCGCUGCUGCUUGUGUUCGUCAUUCUGCCAAGCGUCGACCACGAAUGAGUCAGGUAGUACGAGCGCUCGAAGGAGACUCUUCGUUGUCGGAUCUCAACGAAGGAGUGAAACCCGGGCAGAGCUCAAUGUACAGUUCUCAUGGAAGCUCGGACUACGACACCCAUCAGUACAACGAGGACUUGAGAAAGUUUAGAAAAGUGGCAUUGGGAAGCACAGAAUAUGGAGCGAGCAGCGAGUACAGCGGACCGACAAGCGAGUACGGGCUGUAUCCGUCGGGAUCAAGCAGCGAAGGGCAAACCACAAGAGAAAUGGAGACGAGAACAGCAAAGAAAGAGAGUGGAGGCUUUAGUGGACGCUCUUGAAACAAAGGCUUUGUUUUAAAUUUUCUAUGUAAAGAAACGAACACAGGCUGUUCUCUUGACUUCGAUUGUUACAAGAAGAAAAAAAAGGCAUCAUUUUCAUAUUGAAUUAACCCAUUUUUUUCCCUUUCUUUGGAUAUCUUGUUUUCACAUUGUAUUUAUUAUUGUUAUUAUCAAUAUUAUUUGCUUAUAAUACAAAUUACAAGUAACAUGGUUCUUCAUUUGCCUUA